UUCUGGGUUUGUUUCUUUUUCAUCGACAUUCUUGAUAUUCGGUGAUAUUGUGUUUGAUGAGAGUGGGGGUUUAAUGGGUUUGUUGUUUGUGUUUUGGGUGAAUGCUUCUUUAUGGCAUGCCUUGUUUUCGAACUAAAUGCUGCUGUCAUGUUCUGUAAAUGUGUUCUUCAUCACUUCUUUGGCUGUUUGAUGAAUUGGGUGUGGCCCAUUUAGUUAUUUAAAAUGUCACUAUUUGGAUUCAUCUACACGAGUUUCAUGAGUGAUUGCUGGCUUUAGUGGAAUAUGUAAAAUGAUACAUUUUGGAAUCUUGGUUGACAAUGUUUAUGCUUUCUGUUCACCUGCUUGGCUGUGACUGAAAUUGUAUAAUUUUUGGUGAUUUACACUCAUUAUUGCAACUCUUGUGUUAUAUAGUAAAGAAGGAAAAUAAAGGUCUAUUGUGGGUAUUUGCAGGUUUCAGUUUCAUCCGAGGGAGGAGGAAGAGUGGGUUUGGCGCUAGCUUGAUUCUUAUUCUGUUUUAUCUCUACCGCGUAAGCUACUCCUUUCAGGGACAGGAUUUCAUCCAAAGGUCUUCUGCCCUCGGGUGAACAAGUCUCCAAGAGAGCUCUUCCUGCGCCUGUUGAAAUCCGCGGUACCUAACGGAAUAGAGAGAGAUAGAGAGAAAGAACGAGGAUAUCAAUAUGAUUAUGGAUGAAGGAAACCAAAAACUUAUGGCAGAUCCUCUCUCAUUCGCCAGGAGUUAUCAGUUGGAAGCACUAGAGAUGGCUCUCAAAGAUAAUACAAUUGUUUUCUUUGAGACGGGCACUGGGAAGACCCUAAUUGCAAUAAUGCUUCUUCGCAGCUAUUCUCACCUUCUGAGAAAGCCGGCACCUUAUAUUGCUGUGUUUUUGGUCCCUACUGUUGUCCUAGUUACUCAACAAUCUGAAGUUGUGGCCCUACAUACGGACCUUAAAGUGGGAAAGUAUUAUGGGGAGAUGGGUGUUGACUUCUGGGACGAGGCAACAUGGAAGCGGGAGGUGAAUAAAUAUGAGGUGCUUGUAAUGACGCCACAAAUCUUGCUUGAUGCAUUGAGGCACACAUUUUUGAGGUUGGACCAAAUUAAGGUUCUAAUAUUCGAUGAAUGCCAUAAUGCGAGAGGCAAGCAUCAAUAUGCUUGCAUUAUGACGGAGUUCUAUCACAGGGAGUUAGCCUCAAAGAGUAGGCAGCUUCCUAGAGUAUUUGGGAUGACUGCUUCCCCUAUAAAGGCUAAAGCAUCAUCUUCAGCAGAAGCCUACUGGAAACAGAUAAAUGAGCUCGAAAACCUCAUGCAUUCAAAGGUUUUCACAUGUGAAUCGGAUGCUAUUUUAGCUCGGUAUAUUCCAUUUUCAACUCCAAAAUUGAAGGAGUACAGUGAAAAGGAUAAUCCCAUGAUUCUCGAAACCCUGGAAGAAGAUUUGCAGAAAUUGGCAGAUAAGCAUGUAUCUGCCCUAAGCAGGUCGAAUAUUUCAGACUCUGUGAAAGAAUCUGCGAAGGACAAACUAAAGAAGGUUUUGUCCACAAUUACGUUUUGUUUGACUGACCUGGGGAUUUGGUUAGCUGUGAAGGCAGCAGAAGUUUACUCUCGUGACAAUGGGACCAUCUUUAUGUGGGCUGAGAUGGAUACAUGUGGAGAGAGAGUUGUGAAGGCUUUCAGUUCUGAUGCAUUACAAUUCUUGUGUGCACGCAUUCCAACUGGUCCUAAGUGGUCGAUACCUAAUGAUCUAAGAGCAAACGUGACGAGUGGGUAUCUUACGUCAAAAAUCACAUGUCUUGUUGAGACCCUUCUGGAGUACAGAGAACUGAAGGAUUUGAGGUGUAUAGUAUUUGUUGAGAGGAUUGUCACUGCAAUUGUUAUUCGCAGUCUGUUGAAUGAAUUGUUUCCAGAAGUAACUGGGUGGAGGACAGAAUACACGGCUGGGCAUGCUUCGCGAUUUCAGUCUCAGAGUAGGAGAGAUCAACAAAAAAUUGUUGAUGAAUUCCGAAAGGGAACUGUAAAUAUAAUCAUUGCCACCUCUAUGCUUGAAGAGGGUUUAGACGUCCAGACAUGCAACCUGGUCAUUAGAUUUGACCCUUCUGCCACCAUAUGCAGUUUUAUCCAAUCCCGUGGCCGUGCACGAAUGCAGAACUCAGAUUUCGUGCUAAUGGUGAAAAGUGAUGAUCUUUCAGCCAUUGCUCGUGUAAAAAACUAUUUGGCUAGUGGAAGUAUGAUGCGGCAGGAGUGUUUGAGCCAUGCCGGUCAUCCAUGUGAACCACUGGGUAAAGAAAUGUAUGGUGAGCCGUGGUAUCAAGUUAAGAGUACAGGAGCGCUUGUUACUUUGAGUUCAAGUGUGGCGUUGCUUUACUUUUAUUGUUCUCGGCUGCCCUCAGACAGGUAUUAUAAACCAUAUCCUCUCUGUAAUGUUGAUAAAGUGCUGGGAAGUUGUACACUUCAACUUCCUCAUGGCUGCCCAGUUCGAACUAUUACAGUCUCUGGGACAAAAUCACUGAAGCAACUCGCAUGCCUCGAAGCUUGCAAAGAGCUUCAUCGAGUCCGUGCUCUGACAGACAACCUUGUCCCCGAUAUGGUGGAGGAAGAGAAGGAGCCUCAAGAAUUUGGCUAUGAAUAUUUGGAUGAGCGGGCAAGAUAUUUUCCUGAAGAGUUGAUUGGCUCUCACAAUAAUAAGUCUAGUAUGGUUUAUUUCUGUUAUUUGAUUGAGUUAGAGCAAAUAUUUCACUAUGAUGUGAAGCCUCAGAACAUUGUACUGGCUGUCCAUAAGAUGCUACAUCAAGAUCUCGGAGAUUUUAACUUCGAUUUGAACGCUGAUAGGGGAAAGCUGAUUGUGCAUGUGAAGCUUGUUGGACACUUUACACUGACUCCGGACGAGGUUGCCCUCUGUCAGCAGUUUCAAAUAAAACUUUUCAAUCUUCUCCUGAAAUGCAACUUAGACAAGCUUUGUGAAGACGACCAACAUUCUAGAAGAGAUGAUUCAGCUAUAUUUAAUUAUCUUCUUAUCCCUGCUCUGGGCUCGCGUCACAAUCUAUCUAUUGAUUGGAGAUGCAUUAAUUCCGUUCUUUACUACAAAAAUGCUUCCUUGAUUAAUCAUGAAAAAUGUUCUUCAAGUGGAGUGACUCGAGUCCACACGAAGAAUGGCUUGGUAUGCCCUUGUGUGCUACAGAAUUCCUUAGUAUGUACACCCCAUAAUGGUGCCCUGUAUUGCAUAAGAGGCACUUUGGAUGGUGUGCGUGGAAAUACAUAUUUUACUCCCAAAGACAAGGAAUGUAUUACAUAUAAACAGUAUUAUAAGGAGAGGCAUGGCAUAAGUUUGCAAUAUGAACGGGAGAGUCUUCUUAAUGGGAAACACAUAUUCACUGUGCAUAGUUGCCUUCAGCGAUGUCGAACUCCAAACAAAAAAGAACUGAGUUAUAGCUCAUGCGAAUUACCACCUGAGCUUUGCAUGAUCGUCAUGUCACCUAUCUCAAUUUCUACAAUUUACUCUUUCUCAUUUCUUCCAUCUGUUAUGCAUCGGGUAGAAUCCUUGCUUAUAGCUGCCAACUUGAAAAGUAUUCCUGGGGGUGGCAUGCGAAAUGUUGAAAUUCCAGCAAUUAAGGUUUUGGAAGCCAUAACUACAAAGAAAUGCCAAGAGGAACUUCAUUUAGAAUCUUUGGAGACUCUUGGAGAUUCAUUUCUCAAAUAUGCUGCUACUCAACAGCUCUUCAAAACACAUCAAAGUCGGCACGAGGGGCUUCUUAGUCUUAAAAGGCAGCGAAUAAUUUGCAAUGCUGCGUUGUGCAAACUUGGAUGUGACCGCAAUAUUCCGGGCUUCAUCCGAACUGAACCAUUUGACCUGAAGACAUGGACGAUACCCGGCAUAGCUUGUGGUUAUGGCGUAUUAAAAGAAGAGCAAUUAUCCACGACUAGAAAAGUCUACACUAGAGGGAGCAGGCAAAUAAAAGGUAAAACCGUAGCAGAUGUCGUUGAAGCCUUAAUCGGUGCAUAUCUAAGCGCCGCAGGGGAAGUAGCGGCGCUAUCCUUCAUGGUGUGGCUGGGUAUCGAAGUUAACUUUGAGACCAUACCUUACACGAGGAUGUUUGUAACAAACCCGGAGAUGCAUGUAAAUAUUGGAUACUUAGAGUCCCUUCUGGGAUACAAUUUUCAAGACGCUUCCCUUCUGGUUGAGGCGCUGACGCAUGGUUCGUACAUGCGGCCCGAGAUCCCUGGCUGCUAUCAGCGGCUGGAGUUUCUCGGGGACGCAGUUCUCGAUUAUCUGAUAACAGUGCAUCUCUAUCACAACUAUCCCGGCCUGUCGCCGGGGCUGCUUACUGAUUUAAGGUCUGCAUCUGUGAAUAAUGAUUGUUAUGCCCUAUCAGCCAUUAAGGCAGGAUUGCAUAAGCAAAUCCUGCAUCUCUCGCCUGAUCUUCACCGGCAUAUAGCCGAGACUAUGGGCAAGGAUUUACAAUCAGUCGAGACUUACGGUUGGGAAUCGGAGAUGACUCUUCCAAAGGUGCUUGGCGAUGUCAUCGAAUCUCUAGCAGGCGCUAUCUAUGUAGACUCCGGGCACGACAAGGAGACUGUUUUCCGGUGCAUGAAGCCUCUGCUCGAUCCGUUGGUCACCCUGGAGACGCUACGCCUCCACCCCAAAAGGGAACUGAACCAACUGUGCCAGAAAGAGAACUAUACGAUGCAGAAGCCCGUAACUUCUAGGCACGACGGGUUGGCAUAUGCAACGGUAGAGGUUGAAGCUCGUGGCGUUGUGCACAAGGAAACACGGUCUGCUAAAGACAAGAAGCUGGCCGAGAGACUUGCCUGCAAAGCUGUUCUCAAAAGUCUCAAGGAAAGCGUGAUCCAAUCUUAACUUCAAUGUAUUUUUUAUGUUGAUGAAAAUUGAUGUAUAGUUAUAUAUCAUUUUUGAAGUGUAGGUAUAGAUAUAGUAUCUUUUUUGAAGUGUAGAGUUAAGUCUGUAAACAAUAGCAAGGUCAAGUUCAAAUUUACAAGAUUUUGCAGUGAUGUAUAUUGAUUUGGGUUUAUAAAAAAUAUGUUUAUGAGCUA